GGUCCAGUGUAAAAUAGAAACUCACCUUCUGGCCUGUUCCUGGACAUCUUGGAGAACACCUUUCAUCAUAAGCAGGCCAUAAGUAAUUUAACACGCACACACCUGUACUGUUAGCACAAAUCACAGGGAACUUUCUGUUCUUCACAGGAUCCAAGGUCAAUUCUCUGUAGCCACAUUAUGUAGUUUACAACUACUUGUAACUCCAAUUCCAAGGAAUGGUACAAUUGCCCAAUAUUCAAUUUCCAGGUGGUAUACUUAACUGCUGAACCAUCAUCUCUUCAGGCUCUGAUUUUCAAGAAUUAAGAAUACAGAACUAAUGAUUUGACCCUUCCAGAUGACAGAUGCCUGAUUAUGAACCCCACACACUGGACAGCCUAGUAGGAUUCAUAUUAACAAUGACUCCCAGACCUUAGUUCUUCAUUGAAAACAAUGAUUUUAUAGGCACAUAUUCAUGAUGACUGUGGUUGAAGCACGGUUAUUCAAAAGGAUCUUGUUCCUGACACAAUUGUUUGGAAUUUUUCUGUCUUUUCUUGGACUCCCUCUGACUGGACAUCAAAGCUACUACAGUUCCACAGAAGUGGUGAUUCCCUUGAGGCUACCUGAGAAAUCCAGUGGCAUGGAACCUCCAGGCUGGAUCUCCUAUAGCUUGAAACUUGGAGGCCAGAGAUAUAUUAUCCACAUGAAGAUCCAGAAUCCGUUUCUAACCAGGAACCUCCCAAUGUUCACCUACUCUGACCAAGGUUCUCUGCUUGAAGAUUACCCUUUUGUACAGGAUGACUGCUAUUAUCAUGGUUAUGUGGAGGGUGACACAGAAUCCUUAGUUUCACUCAACAUUUGUUUUGGGGGCUUUCAUGGACUAUUAGAGAUAAAUAACACUGCUUAUGAAAUCAUGCCCAAGAAAUUUUCUACCAAAUUUGAACAUCUGGUAAAUAAAAUGGAUAGUAAUAACACAAAAUCAAGUAUUUCCAGCCUUAUGCAAGAUAACAUAACAUGUCAAGUAGAGUUACAAAAAACUGGUAAUUCCGCACUCAAGCAAAUUGGUUUUGAAGGCUGGUGGACCCAUGUUAGAAUUGUUGAAUUCGUAGUGGUGGUGGAUAAGACUCUGUAUGAACACUAUCAGAGUAAUGACACAGUAAUGAUGUCAAAUCUAUAUUCUGUGAUAAGUAUGGUGGAUGCCAUUUAUGAUGUAAUUGGUAUUAAAAUAUUAUUGGUUGGUUUGGAGGUUUGGAAUAAAAAAAACCCUAUUGUAGUAGAUGAUGUAAGAAAAUCUCUUAAGUUAUAUUGCCAGUGGCAAGUUUUGAACUUUCUUCAUCGAUUAAAACAUGACAUCACUCAUCUUUUCAUAUACAGGCAUUUGAGAGGAUUAAGUGGCAUAGCCUCAACAAGUGGGGUGUGUGAUCCAAUCCGCAGUUGUGCACUUGUUACUUUCAUAGACAGAACUUUAAACCUUCGUGCCCUUGGAAUUGCUCACCACUUAGGUCAUAAUUUGGGCAUGAACCAUGAUGAUGAGACAUGUAAAUGUAGAUACAAAAGAUGCAUAAUGGACAUUAGUAACCCACCAAUAACCAAAUUUAGCAACUGUAGUUAUAAUUAUUUUUGGUCUCAUACUGCAAGGGAGGCAAGGUGUUUGAUGGAAAACAUGUACACAAAGGAUAUCUUUAAUCUGGGGCACUGUGGAAAUGGUAUUGUUGAAGAUGAAGAGCAGUGUGACUGUGGAUCUUUACAACACUGUGCAAAAGAUCUCUGCUGUAUGCCAAACUGCACUCUGAGUUUGGGGUCUACCUGUGCCACUGGACUUUGUUGUAAAAACUGCCAAUUUUUGCCAGCAGGGGAGGUGUGUAGAAAGCAGGAUAACAUAUGCGAUCUUCCAGAGUGGUGCAAUGGAACAUCCCACACGUGUCCAGAUGAUGUAUAUGUGGAAGAUGGAAUUCCCUGCAAUGUCUCAGCGUAUUGCUACGAAAAGCGAUGCAAUGACCGUAAUGAAUACUGUAGGAGGAUUUUUGGCCAGAAAGCAAAGGCUGCAAAUACAAAUUGCUACAAAGAAGUACACUCUAAAGGUGAUCGGUUUGGCCACUGUGGUCUUCAGGGACCUGGGUACGUAAAAUGUGAAAACAAUGAUGCCCUCUGUGGAAGACUUCAGUGUGAUAAUGUGACAGAAAUUCCUCACAUGAAAGAACACAGUACUGUGCACUUUGCUGUGGUCAAAGGCUUGCCUUGUUGGGGCACCGAUUACCACAUUGGGACACGCCUAGACGACUUUGGCGAUGUGAAAGAUGGCACAGAGUGUGGUCAAGAUCAUAUCUGCAUCCGUAGGCGUUGUGUACAUUUAUCUGCACUGGAUAGCAAUUGUUCACCUACAUUCUGUCAUAGGAGGGGCAUCUGCAACAAUAAACAUCACUGCCACUGCAACUAUUUGUGGGAUCCUCCUAACUGCAUGGUAAGAGGCUAUGGAGGUAGUAUUGACAGUGGCCCACCUCCCAAGAUAAAGAGGAAGAAAAAGGUUUGUUACCUGUGUCUACUUCUGCUCUUGGUUUUGUUUAUUUUAUUAUGUUGUCUUUGGUGGCUUCUUCGUCAUAGGGAAGAAAAUCAAGAAGAACCCCAAAUCCAGCCUACAUCUGAAAAAAUAGAUGAAGCUUUAAGCACACGAGCUAGUUCAGUAGCUUCCCAGAGUCUACCUCUGUCAAGAAUAGCAUCAUUCCUGACUUCAAGAACUUCAUCUAUAAAAAGUGUCAAAUAAAUAUUAAUCACUAUGGUUCUCUUUAUUCUUCGCUAUUUUAAGCAACUUGAUUUCUGUAACUUUGUUCUUUAUAUUUCCAAGGCGAAAUUGUAUGAAUGGUGUGGGUAUUUUUCAGGUUUUUGCCUAUGAGAUCUAUUAUCUCAUUUUAUAAACUUUAAUUGCUAUUGGCACCAUUUCUGCUACAGCAAGUUUCUUCCUAUGGCAUAAGAGGGCAAUAAGAUAUGAGAAUGUGUAAAAUAUAUAUAUGUAUUAAUCUUGCUAUGUUAGAGUUUCUUGAAUAACAGAUUUUACAUUGAUAGUGAUACAUGCUUUUAACUCUCCA